AUGUGUUCACAAGCUAUUGAGGAGAAUAUAUACGAAUUUAAUCAAAAAGGCGCCUUGUUCCACUGUAUUGGCAAUAAGUUUAUUAAACAUUACGGUUUCUCAACAGAAAUUUUGAAUAGUUGUCAAAAUAAUUUGGCUUCGAAGAGUGAACGAAUAAAUCGUUUAUUAAGCUACGCUGGAAACUCGUCGAAGAGUAAAAUACAAACACGGACCGACAUUUUGAUGAAACGCUUCAAUUUAAUUGAUAACAAUGACAGGCAAAGAAUUUCUUUGAUCAAACUAAUCAAUAAAAUUGCUAAGGAAUAUUUAAGCAAAUGUUCGGCAAUUAUUUAUUACGAUAGUUUCGUUCAAAAUACAGAUUACGAGUUAUUGCGAAUGCUAUUCAAAUCCAUUCCGCUUGCUUAUCAACAUGCGGAAUUGGAUGAACAAUACAAACCUAGGAGACUUAUUCACACCUUGGAAGGUAAUUGUAAUAAUUUUAUAUUAUUCUUAACGGAACCUCGAAUGGCUCGCAAAGUUAUUGGUCCACAAUUGGAGAGCAAAGUAGUAAUCAUAUCAAGAGCCUCGCAGUGGAAGUUAAGAGAUUUUCUGGCAUCCAAAACAUCCGCGGAUUUACUAAAUCUUUUGGUUAUCGGUGAAUCACAAACUUACAAAGGUACUGAGGAACGACCCUUUGUCUUGUACACUCACAAUCUCUACGUAGAUGGCUUAGGUUCUAAUAAUCCGCAUGUGCUAACAAGUUGGCUAAAAGGUUCUUUGUCUCGUCCUCACCUGAAUUUAUUUCCUAUUAAAUUUCAAAACGGAUUUGCUGGUCAUCGUUUUCGUGUUCUUGCCGCCAGUCAACCACCAUUUAUAUUUCGCUCGAGACUUUUGGAUUUUCGCGGUGAAGAGAGUUUUAUUUGGGAAGGAAUUGAAUAUCGUUUGCUAAAUAUUUUUGGCAAGAAAUUGAAUUUCUCCAUCGAGAUUCUUGACACUCGCUUAAAAGAGCAUAUUAAAAGUCCUGUAGAGAAUUUACAGUUACAUGUAGCCGAACAUUCGGCUGAUAUAGGAAUGGCUGGCAUUUACGUCACAACUGAACGCUUAAUUCAUACGGAUAUGUCCGUUGGACAUUCAAAGGAUUGUGCUGUUUUUGUUACCUUGGCCUCUAAAGCUUUACCCAAGUAUCGGGCUAUAAUGGGUCCAUUCCAGUGGCCUGUGUGGAUAACUUUAACUUUCAUUUAUUUGGGUGCUGUUUUCCCAAUUGCUUUCUCCGAUCGUUUAACUCUGAGUCAUCUUCUCGGUAAUUGGGGUGAAAUUGAGAAUAUGUUUUGGUAUGUUUUUGGCAUGUUUACAAAUGCCUUUAGCUGCUCGAGUAAAUAUGCCUGGAGUAAUACACGUACUCUGUCGACCAGAAUGCUAAUUGGAUCUUAUUGGAUAUUCACGAUAAUAUUGACAUCUUGCUACACAGGUUCGAUUAUAGCAUUCGUAACUUUACCAGCUUUCCCAAAUACCGUGGAUUCGGUGAAAGAUUUAUUAGGAUUAUUUUUCAAGGUGGGGACUCUGGAUAGCGGAGGUUGGGAAAAUUGGUUUCGCAAUUCUUCCCAUGAACCCACUGCCAAGCUUUAUGAAAAAAUGGAAUUUGUCUCGUCGCUAGAAGAAGGCAUUGGCAACGUUACAAAAAGUUUCUUCUGGAACUUUGCCUUUUUAGGCUCCAAAGCUCAAUUGCAGUACCUUGUUCAAUCCAAUUUCUCCAAUGAAAAUCUAUCGAAACGCUCCGCUUUACAUUUAAGCGAGGAAUGCUUUGCCUUAUUCCAAGUGGGGUUCCUAUAUCCUCGGCAUGCCAUUUAUAGACCAAAAAUUGAUAAUCUAAUCUUAUUGGCACAGCAAAGCGGUUUAAUUGUGAAAAUAGAAAACGAAGUUAAAUGGACUAUGCAACGUUCAGCUUCUGGUAAAUUGCUGCAAGCCAGCUCUUCAAAUCCCUUACGGGAAGUCAUACAGGAGGAACGUCAAUUAACUACGGCCGACAUAGAAGGCAUGUUACUUCUGAUGGGCAUCGGUUAUUUAAUGGGUUUCAUAGCGCUUAUAUCCGAAAUUGUCGGUGGCAUAACUAACAAAUGCCGCCAAAUGAUGCAAAAAAAACGUCUACCGUUAUCCUCCACAUCAUCGAGAUCUUCUGCAGACUCGCUUAAACAAAUCCUAACCAUAGGAGAAAAAUCAAAAAUCUACCGAGCGUAUGAGAUUAAUGUGAGGCGCAAAAAUGCUUCGAAAGAUCAAAUGACUCUUUUAAGUGGAAUUACUUUUAAAGAAUUACAUAGUAAUCCGUAUAAUUUGCAAACGGAUGUCAAUCCAAAAAAGGCGAAAACCAUGUUAAAAGAACACGAAAAUCAUGAGGAAUUGGUACCUAGACGUUAUAUUAAUUUAAUUAUCGAUCAAUCCUUAAAUGCUGAAGGAUUCUAUUCUUUUACUGGUGCUUCUAACGAAACCGAACGGCAACGGGCUGUUGCGACGGACGAACGAGAUGCCAAUACGAGUAUUCAACAAUUGUAUCCAGAGCAAAAUCACAUCAUGGGUAGUUUUAUAAAACCAGAGAAUUACGAUGAGAAAAACUUAAGCAACUUAAAAUUAUUUGACGACGAAGAGUUUGAGAGAGCUAAUAAAAAAAAAAAAAAAAGAAAAGCUAAACAAGAAUUUAUUUUAUUAGAUUUCAAAUUAUAUAAUAGAAUACACAUUUGCUUACCGUAA